UCAGUCAAUUUCAUAUUUCAGUCCUGACGUCAGGGCGCCUAUAAAACUAAGCAAUGCUUUUUAACUCGUCGGCUGACUGAUCCCUUAGAAAAAAAAAAUCUAUCAAUCCUUGGGUGGAGUUUUUUUUUUUCAUUCUCCACAAAGCAACUAUUUGCCCGGGACACGUACGUGAACCUCCUCAAUUUGGCGCACUAAUCCUAAAAGGAGCCAUGAAGUGUUAAAUGGUAGAAACAGAGAGAGCGGCGCUCAGACACCCGCACGCUGGGAGAGAGGGAGGAAACAGCGCUCCUCCAAUGCGUCUGUGCAACACGGACUGAAGAAAAAAAAAACUUAUCGACUCACAAAACCAAAACCUGCGCUGCGCAAUUAGUGCGAGAAAAUCCACUUUUUCCUUCGUUUUUGAAGAAAAUAAAUAAAGAAAUCAAGCUGGCUCAGUGCGUGUCUCAGCAGCCCACUUUGACAGGUGCUCCUCACCCCCUUUGGAGGACUGUCAACAGCAAGAGGAUGGCAUCAGAGCUGGCAAUGAGCAACUCCGACCUGCCCACCAGUCCCCUGGCCAUGGAAUAUGUUAAUGACUUCGAUCUGAUGAAGUUUGAAGUGAAAAAGGAGCCGGUGGAGCCCGAUCGCAGCAUCAGCCAGUGCAGCCGCCUGGUCGCCGGGGGAUCCCUAUCUUCCACCCCGAUGAGCACGCCUUGCAGCUCGGUUCCCCCCUCUCCAAGCUUCUCGGCGCCCAGUCCGGGAUCAGGGAGCGAACAGAAGGCUCACUUGGAGGAUUUCUACUGGAUGACCGGGUACCAACAGCAGUUGAACCCCGAGGCUCUGGGCUUUAGCCCGGAGGACGCCGUAGAGGCGCUGAUCAGCAGCAGUCACCAGCUCCAGACCUUCGAUGGCUAUACCAGAGGGCAACAGUACGGCGGCGCAGCCGGGGCAGGAGGCGCCAUGGCCGGGGAGGAGAUGGGAUCAGCGGCCGCCGUGGUGUCCGCGGUUAUUGCUGCAGCCGCAGCUCAGAACGGGACUCCCCACCACCACCACCACCAUCACCACCACCACCACCCAGGAGCACACCACCCCUCCUCCGGGUCUCAGUCCGGCGGUGGCGCGGGGGGAAACCACCAGCACUUGCGUUUGGAAGAUCGGUUCUCGGACGAGCAGCUGGUGACCAUGUCGGUGCGGGAAUUGAACCGGCAGCUCCGGGGGGUCAGCAAGGAAGAGGUAAUCCGUCUGAAACAGAAGAGGAGGACGCUAAAGAACAGAGGCUAUGCCCAGUCCUGCCGGUACAAGCGGGUCCAGCAGCGGCACGUCCUGGAGGGAGAGAAGACGCAACUCAUACAGCAGGUGGACCACCUCAAGCAGGAGAUCUCCCGGCUGGCCAGGGAGAGGGACGCCUACAAGGAGAAAUACGAGAAGCUGAUCAGCACCGGCUUCAGAGAAAACGGAGGAUCCAGCAGCGACAACAACCCCUCAUCCCCGGAGUUUUUCAUGACAUCAAGAAAAUUCCUCCAUCUGUGAUCGAGAGCUGUGACCUCUCCGUCCUAUCACCCUGGAGUCUGAGAUAUCAUGACACUGGAAUGCUGAUGUUUCAAGAGCAACCUACGGCACCCAGACUGCCAUAAAGCACAAUGUCUCAAAAGCGUCCUAACAGUGGCUCACGGGCAACCCAACAGCCAACCCAAAGCCAGAGUUCAUUAUUAAAACAAUGACGAUAAAAUAAAAACAGGAGACUGAAAUCACUCAUAUUCUUCUGCUCCAACAACAAGGGAAGAAACACAGAAAUUAAAGAUCCCGGACUCUGGAAAUAAGAUUCUCCGCCAUCUGUAUUUGCUAUUCAUAUGGACAAAGAUCAUCCCAGAAAUACCUCCAAAUUGUAAUUUAGACUUAUCAGAGUUUAGAUUAUUAAUACGUAGGUUGAGUCAAAUAGCAAACAGAACAAAUAUGAUGUCCACAGCCCUUUAGCACAUGCCCAGAAAUCAGGAUAUUGUAAAUAUAUGUACAGAAAAGGAAUAGGGACACUGAUGAGAAAUACAGUUAUUGCAGAAUAAUGUAAAUAGCCAUAAGAUCAUACCACUCUAGUGUGUUUAUAUAUCCAUGAGUGUCACAUGCCCAUUACUCCUUAUUUCUUCUAUGCCCAAAAAGAUUUAGCACAAAGAUUAACCAACGCUCUCUGUAUCUCAAUAGGAAACAUCAACAUCUACGUAGAACUAGACAAGAGGAUACUGAAUAUACAGACAUUAACUGGGAAGACACAAUAUGUGCCACAUAGUGCACUAUUGCUGGAAACAGAUGCAUAUGCCACAUGGUGUAUGCUUAUUAGGAAACCCUGUAUUGUUAUCAAGACAGGUCAUUAGCUUCUUUGAACUUCGCUCUUUUAAAUAGACAGUCGUGAAAUGGAGAAGACUUGAGAGGGUGAUAAACAGAAAACAAACUUUAAGAGAUCCCUGAAUUGGUCCCAAAUCUUCUCCCGUCCCCACCUCCCAUUGUAAACUACCACAGCAGAGCUGAACACAACUCAGACUUUAAUUUAUUCAAUAGAGUGUAUAUGAAACCCCUUCCUGUACCGUAUAUGUAGUGUUUAAGCCCCUGUAGUGACGUAACAUAUCCAGAUUGACUUCCGUGGUUUGGCAGCUCUCUUGUAUAGAGUACAGUUACCUUUUAUUCAGUUCACACCUAACUGGACAUCACCGUGACCUGCCAUCCUUCCUCUUUGAUUCCUGUUUGGCUAGUCCCCGUCAUCCUCCUCCUCUGUCCAUCAGAGGGCCUGUAUGCCUGCAGACCUGUCUGCAACCAGGCGCUCGCUGAGCUCCCACAGGCUGACAGCGCUGCUCUGGUCCUGGGCCUGGAUGGACGGCAGGCAGCGGAAGCAGUUGUUGAAGUACAUGCCACCUAACCCCUCCAGCUCCGGAGCCAUGGCACAGUACACCGUGGUGGCCGCCCCUUGUUGCUGUGGACAGAGAAACACACAGAAAGAGAUACGAGUUCAGUGGGCGAAUCAUGAGACUGAGGCAACGAGACGGAGUCAGCCUGCAGGAGGAGACAGAAUACAGAGAACUCAUUUACUGAUGCACAGACAUUAGGACGUGUCCUGUCCAGAGAAACAGAGAGGACAAACAACGGACACCGACCACAUCGCUAUGUCCUCUGUGAGACACACAUAUCUACACAUACACAUACAGACACAUGCACACACAGACAAAAACGAGACAGCAGGACAGAGUGUCAACAGGAAAAAAAAAAAGACUCCACACGCUGUCUCUCCCCUCUCCCUGCAGCCCAUGAUGACUGGGUCAUAUUACCAUGGGAACAGCAUAACCCCAUACUGUACAUAUAUUUAUAUACAUAUAUUUAUUUAUUUAUUUAUUUCUCUACCCGGUGUGUACAGGACCUCUGGCUAUAUGGGACCAUGUGAAUGCUACAGAUGUAUAGACUCACAGUGGAGAAGGUCAGAACUAUGACAAGAAAAUUGACACCAGCUCCUGUCUGGAUGGGAAUCACCAGGGAAACCACAGCUUUUAUGUAUAUUGUAAAAGUGCAGGUUUUAAUGCCAUGGUUAUGAAUAUGUAUAUUUUCACAUGAUGCGUAUAUGGGUUCAGCCAGGCUUUCAAAGUUGAGUAUUGGAAAUGAUGCAAGUACAAUUCUGUACCUAAGUGUUUAAAAUCAGAAGUGAUAUUUUCACAUACAAUACACAAAUACCCACCCACACACACCCACACACACACACACACACACACACACACACACACACACACACACACACACACACACACACACACACACACACACACACACACACACACACACACCACAAGGCUUUCCCUCUGGCUCUUUCUCAAUAAAUCCUUUUUUAGGCAAGUUUAAAUCUGAAAAUCACUCAAGUCUCAACCCCAGAAUUUGACUCUGUUUCAUGUCAUCUCAAACUUGAACGCAUUGUGAAAGUAACAUUGCAGUAUUUGGAUGGAACCUGCUAAGUUCUACUAAUAUACCCUGUGCCAUCAGUCAGUAAUUAGUAGGGAUAUUCUUGGAGGAGGGAGAUUUCUGUGACAUUUGAAAAUGAAAGUUGAAACUGCAGCAGAAUAAACACGUCAGAGAGAAUUACACACAUAACCCAACUGCUCAAAGAGGGAUCUUUCAUGUUGCAGCUCCAGCUAAAAGCUGCUGUGACAGCUUCCCUGCAAACUCCGGGGCUGGAGACGACUUCUAUAUGGCCACAUGAAAUGGCUCGCCUCUUUAUCUCCCAAUGAGAGGCAGCGAGAGUGAGAUGGGGGGAGGAAAGGGGAGUGAGAGAGAACACUGAUGUGAAGACUAAGGACUAAUGUUUAGCACAGAGCACUGGCACACAGUGAGACAACCCCAUACGCAGCAGUCAAACAUGGGCAAGACACAAACAUACAAACACAUGCAUUAUGGAGCCAUAUUACAUGCCAACUGUUUGAACAGCUUCUUAAAGCAGCUGUGAAACCAACACACAUGAAGUAGGAAAGAUCAUACUUUCACAUACAAGUACAAAAAUAUGCCCAUAAAUGCAAAUGCAAUGAAUGAAAUACACACACGAACCAGAUUCCAAGAAAUAUUUUUCUCAUUAACACACACAAACCCACCCACCCACACACACACACACAGACACACACACACACACACACACACACACAACCACACUUACACACAACCCCCUCUAAGCUCUAAGUAAACUUCCGCCAGGAGGAGCCCUGGUUGGUAACGUCGCAGCAGCAGAUUGAGUGUGUUUGAAGCGCAGUGUGAUGAGAGAGCUGGUAAACAGCAGAUGAAAAGGCAGCAUCUCUCUGUGCGCCGCUGUCUGUCUCACCUGCCAGCAGGGCGAUAACUUCAUCCACAUCACAUGUUGCCAUAUCAAAGACAGACAAAUGCCAAGCAGUGUCUCUGAGUUGCAGGUUCACACACGCUCAGUUUAACUCAUCUCCCUUGCUUAGGGCAUCUGAUUUAGCUCGUCUGAAAGCUAAAUGCCUUUUAAACUCCACUGAAGAUUUCAGUGCUGCAGGCUCUGACUCGCUGAUGCCCCCUUGAACUUGGCUGACUUUCAAAGCAGUUUGUUUGUGUCCAGUUACCAAACACUGGUCCCGCUGUAAGUUGAAAUAUUGAUAAAAAAAAAACUUUCAUGUUCAUAAUCCAGAUUUAUGUGGCUGACUUCAUUCUUUAAAUUAUUUUCCUAGAAAAGCAAGUCUGUACAACUGUUUCUCUAUGACCUACGACAGUCCAGUUAGCAGUGCAUGGAUCAGUACACGGACUGUGCUGUGCAUCCAGCAGUGUGCUAUCUUAUUGGUGUUUAGCUCAUCCCCCUCACCACUUGACCUUGUGACCUCUGUAGAAGAUAAGGCUGAUGAGAUUAGGCAUUAACAUGCUCAACCACCCACCACAGCCAUCUAUCAUUGUGUGUAUGUGUGUGUGUGUGUGUGUGUGUGUGUGUGUGUGUGUGUGUGUGUGUGUGUGUGUUUGCAGACAAGAGGUGUGUUGGGUACUGAGAAAGAGAACAAGAGGGGGGUGUGCAUCAACCUUGAUACACAGUUACACAUACAGUAUUCAUAUGUGCAUGUCAGAACACGAGCAUGUGCCUGCACACGAGCACGAACGGAUACGCAAAUAAACACUCAGAACAAUCUACAUGAAAGGUAAUGUCACUGAACCAGUGUGCAUCAUAUACAUCUCUGGCAUAACAGCCAUUUCUAACCCAUGUGAAACUGUAGAUUAUGCCUGUAAACUUAGCUGUCUACAAACUGAUGGAUUUUGCUGUGUGUCUUUCUAUCUUCUACAACUAAAUGUAAAUCCUUACCAUGUGUACAGUAGUUUUCCGACAAACAUCUGUGCGUUGUUCUCUACUACGCAGAGCUGUAGACUUGGACUUGCCUGACAGCUUGACUUGACAUGAGACUUGAAAACAGUUCUGACUGGAUACAUUCUCACUGAUAAUAUAAAAAUAAUAUCCCGCAAUUUGCCGUGUUGCAGGUUAUUGCAAAGGUUUUGUAGCUGUGAUAAAUAAAGUGCAUUCACUUAAUCAUUGUGAUUUGUUAUGAUUGUCUGGUUGCCCUGCAUAAUGCUGUGCAAUUCAGAAAGCCAGUCACAUGGAUGUACUUCAAAUAUUUUAUUAUGGGCUCUCCAAGUCAUCUUUCUCAAAUUUGAAACUGUUUCCUAGUAUUUCUUAAAGGAUUCAAUGAAGUGCAUUGAGGAGACCUGGUUUAAGCUAUGUAAAAAAAACAUUUAAAAAGGUGUUCACUAGUGUCAUUAAUGAGCACAGUCAGCAUUCAGAGGCAAUGAAGACUUGAGACUCGACCAGGACUUCAGACUUUGCUUGGACAUUCCCCAAAAGAAAACCAGCUCUGCUACUACCACACUGAUUUAGGGAGGGAGGGGAGAAGAUGGGACAGAAGAGCACCAAAACAACCCUAAAUCGAAACUGAACCUCUAUUCUAAAACUAAAACAUAGAGAUCACAGCACCACAGCAAUAUGACAAACCAAAGGAGCAGGACAGAACCAAGUGACAGCAGAUUUUAAUUACUUCUGUAUAUCUGAUUCUGUGGGUAAUAAAUACACACCCAAAUGCUGAGAGAAUACUCGCGAAACACCCUGCAAUAAGCUGACUGUAGAUAAGCAGGAAUGAGCCUGCACUUAGCCUGGGAUCCACUACUAUGGCUCUGGAACUGCUCUGGGAUCAGAUCCAAGUCUUCCAAUCUAAGUAUCGACUCAAUACCCAAGGACCUCAUGGACUUGCAAUAGAAAUGUCCUUGUAUAGUGUUACGCAAUAAUCAGUUGCUGAAAACUCCUUAUUGAGCGUAUUCAAAAGCAAAAAGGUUUAUGUGGGGAGAUGUGAUGUUGUUGAAUUACCAGUAAUGUUACUUUGCUGUGUUCUGUUCUGUGUCUUCAUCAUCCAAGUUGUACUCAGCCGUAUGAGCUUUCUCUGACCCUAUGCAUGUGACCCUUCACCCCCACAUCUGUAGUUAUGACACUGACCUCUCCCUCUGACCUGGAUGUAAAUAAACCCAGUACUGUAGAGCAGUAUGUUUUUGGCCCAUUCCUGUACAUAUAAACAUGUAAAUACAAACAGCUAUGCAUGCUGAAAACCUAGCAAUUCUUUCAGGUACUUUUAUAAUCCCCAAAUUCUCAUAUGGCAUGUGCUGAAAAAAAAAAAAAUAAUAAUUUAAAAAAGUAGAAAAAAGAAAAGAUUAAAAAUAAAUGAGUUGAUAAUAUUGUCAGGCAAUAUCCUCUCUUGGACAGUGUGUGUAGAGUCUUCCUGUUUUCUUACUCCUGUGGGUGGUUCUCUUCCUUUGCCUGUCCUUCUGUGUUUCUGCUCACCAUCUGUGUCAGUUGUUGUCAGUUGGCAUUUGUACAGCAGCGAGGGUUGAGGCAGAGCAGAAAAGAGAGGGGGAGCAUUCAUCAGCUGACCUCUGUGAUGGCACUCCAAUUCAGCAGCAGUGCUAAAUGUUGGCAAAGCCCCUUAUGCCUGGGACAUAAUUUUAGAAGUUCAGUUCCUGGCAUGAACCACAGAUCAUUACAGCAUAUCCAUGCUUGUUAUGUGGAGGCCCUCUGGAUAUGCAGCAGGUCAAGAAAACUGUUUCGGGUUGGAACCAAAAAAGUUUUUUUUUUUUACAGCCUGCUUGAAGUUUGUUAAGCUGUCAAUCACAGACAAAGCGGCACCUUGUGACUUGAAAUACCCACGCUGUAAUAAACAAGUGCUGAUAAUUUCUUGCAAAUACUAUUUUAGUCACAUUUUAGGAUAACAGACAUGUUGAACUACAAUUUUUUUUCUCAUCUAUACCUGGUAAAUACCUGAAUUCUUAAAGGUACUUGAUGGAUGAAAAUUAUUUUCUACAAUCCAAUGUGACAAGGCUACAGCAUGCAUUUGGAAAGUAUUUCCUGGCUUGUAGCUCCAGUAUAGGGAUCAAGAGGAGUGCAGUUUUUGCCUCAGCCCUCUGCCCAGCCUAGUGGACUAGCUAUCCUGAAAGUGGGAUUCCAAAGGGAUUGUGAUUCUGUUUCAGGAAUGUUUUUUUUUUCAGUCUGUGAUGUUUAAAAUAGAUGGAGGUGUCUGAUUUUUAAUCUGUGCUAAAGAUAUUUUACAUUUAAUAAAUAAUCAUUGAAAUCAAGAACUUC